AUGGCCGCUACGUUUGACAAAGAACUAGCCCGCAAAUCAUCUACUCUCUGGGCUCUGCGCCUCGACGGCGGUGAUGCGACCGCACUCAGUCCCAUAGACAAUGCCGAGGGCAUUAUCAACUUCUCCAUUUCCCCUGACGGCAAGACUAUCGCCUACUCCUCCGCGGAUGAGAAAAGCGAUGAGCGCAAGAAGCAGGACGAAGAAGGAGAGCCAGCGCCUCCCGACGUUGGGGGGAGGAUCUAUCCUACGCUCGACUACGGCUCGUUAAUAUGGAAUCGAAAGAGACGAAGCAGCUGCAAACAAAAUCUGGAAAUUGAGGAACCUAUGCACACCGGUGUGACUAUCUCCUCGGUCAACAUGGCAAGUGGCGAGGUUCUGGACUUGUGCGUCGUCAUGAAUGACGUUGCUAGCCUUGUUUGGGCUCCAGAUGGCAAGAUAUACUUCAUCUGCGGUUAG